CCUUCAACAGCCCCCGCGACAUGUGAUUCGUUUGCAACCAGUCCGCAGCCUCCAAACUGUUCAGGUGGUCGUCCCGGAAACACGAACAUUGCGCAAAACCUGGAAAUCGCUGGUUGCACCGACUCGGACUCGAUUGUACUGGAAGAAAUGGGCUGAACACCACAUCUCACCGUCUGGGUGUGUCGCGCCCAUUACCCUUCGCCUCUCCGUCACUGCGUCAUCCUGUUGCUCGACAUCCAUCACACGUUUUUUCGCUUCCUUAUCUAUCCUAGUAUCAUCCAACCACCUUAUCCAGCUAUCGGCGAUACCCUACUACCUACUACCGAUCAAUUGAAGCAUUCCACUUUGCUUCUGCCGUCGCAUCUCGCUUUCCCGUCUCUGAGAACAUUGCAUCAUGACGAAGCGCAUCCUGCUGCUGUGCUUUAUUCACGGCUUCAAGGGAGACGACGACACCUUUCGCGAUUUCCCAAAGCACCUCAAAGAUACUGUCACGAGCAACCUCGUCGACCACCAUGUGGCGUCCGUCGUCUAUCCCAAGUACGAGACCAAAGGAGAGCUGGCCCAGACAACCGAAGCUUUUCUAGAAUGGCUUAAGGAGCGGGUGAUGGAACUUCGAAAGGAACAUCUGCAAGCACCAUGGCCUCCCACCGACCGAAAUGUCGGCGUGAUUCUAGUUGCACAUUCGAUGGGCGGUUUUGUUGCAAGUGAUACCCUCUUUCGCAUCCUCGACGAACGCCGCCGCAACGCCGACUCCGAGAACCCGGCCGGUCCCAUUUUCCCUAUGAUACAAGGCAUCCUCGCCUUCGACACUCCCUACAAUGGUCUAGCACGGUCCAUGUUCGUCUACGGCGCUUUCUCGAACUACCAAAAGGUUUCCAAUGUCUUCAACGUCAUGACGGCGCUCACUGCUGCCGCCCCAGCUACACUUGCGAGUCUUGCCUCGAAGCGCACAGCUGUGGCCGCUACCAAGGCCGUUUCCCGCAGCAUAUCGGUUCCCCGGCGAUCGCACCCAGCGCUCAAGGCGUGGCAGCUGAUUGCUGUGCGUACAGGGACGGUGGGUGUCAUUGCUGCCGGUGGUGUGGCGGCGUUUAUGCACAGAAAACAGAUCCUCGAGGGCAUGCGCACGGUCAAGAACCUCAAGAAGGAAGAUGUGGUCCAGGGAUAUCAGCAAAGCGUCGAUGCGCUCGGUCAGGGGCUGGCUUACAUCAACCGUGGCAAUGUCGGACAGUCCUUCGCAUGGCUGUCUGAUCACUUUACCUUUGUCGGGGCCUUACUGAAGCAAAACGAGCUGAAUCGACGGCUGGAAAGAUUAGCUGCUGUGAAGGGAGUUGGGAUCAAGGACAUUUAUGCGUCUCUUGGAGAAAAUGGGUACUGGAGUGGUGGUUACUUUGUGCCCGAGAGGACAUUCUGUGCCAUACCCGGCGAGGGACAGCCGUGCAAUGGGCUCUUUAGCAGGCAUGUCAUUCCCGAGGCCAAGGAUGAGAUUGAAGCACAUGUCAACCUCUUCAAGCCGGAGAAAAACAGGGGCUACGAAAGAAUGACUAACGAAGCUGCCCAACUGGUUAUCAACUGGUUCAAGGACGAGACUGACAUCUGGGACGACCCCAAAUUCGCCGAGCCAGUCGAGCCUGAGACUGCCGAGACAGUGGAGAUUGCCAAAGCGAUCGAUGAAGCAGACCAAGAAGCGAAGACUGCGGAGGAGAAGGUCAAGGAGGCCGAGAAGAAAAUGGGCGAAGAAGUCAACGAGGACGACUCUGACGACGAUGGCGUUCCCGACGAGUCACCUAUCGACAUUGCCGCUGCCGCUUCGCUUGUGCCUUUGCCUGACGACCUUGAAGACGCGGAGGAUGACAACGGCACUGCCAACACCGACAAGAAAAAAGCCAUCACCGAGCAGAAGCAGGCCUAUAUGCGACACCUGUUUAGUGUCGCCCAGCAGACAGGUACCAACAUCCGUUCCUAUCUUCCAUCCAAGCUGCCCGAGAUGCCAGAGUGGGAGAUGCCCAAAGUUUCCAUGCCCAGCGUUAGUAUGCCGAGCAUGCCUGGCAUACCAAACAUACCGAGCAUCGGAAAGUACAGUCUUUGGGGUUCCAAAAAGUCAGAGACGUCCCAGUCGUCGGAGCCAGAGGUCAAACCAGACACUAGCACCGACAAGACUGAUGCCGCGGAGGCGAAGUCUGUGAUAGCGACACCAGACACUGCGACUCACAAGAUCUUGUCACCCAAGGCGGAGACGGCCGAUGCUCCUGGGAGUACCUAAUGGGAGAUAUCAAGAAACGUGUUGGUAUUGGUACCUAGGACAUUGCCAUCAAUGGUGGGUAGGAUUCUACGGUACCUCUAGUCAAUAAUUCAUGCUUGCCUGUUGCGACUUCGUCCUGCUGGGCUGGCGCAUGCUGGUACGGUUGUCAUUUGUUUUCACGAACACGACUGGAUUUGCCUUCCUUUGCAUCCCUCUUUUUUCUCUGCUCUUCAUGUUUCCCAUGCAGGAAAACCCGACUCACAUCUCGGCGUCCUCGACUAAGCCCGAUGUUCCGGGUCUCCCUUGCGGUAUUUCCUUGUCGCACAGAUACGCUUCAUAUUGGUGUCGCAGUGAUUGGUGUUGAUUUGGCUUAGUGUACCUUCGCGCUCGGCGUCUUAUUCCGAAAUAGGAAGUUGGCGAUGCUUUCAUGGCGGGGAAGACCUCAAGGGGAAACUGGCUGCGGGGUGUAACUGGAUUGUCAACGAUCUAACGCGCGAGGGCGCAUGCCACGAUGGUACUUGACACCGAUAAAGUGAUGCAGAUCAUUGGGAAACAGAAAAAGGAAGGAAGUUCGUUUCUCUCCACACUUUCCAUCCCACGAUCCCCUGAGAUUGCCGCGUGCAUAUGUGAUGGAACAGAUGGAGAGAUGCGUGGCCUUAUCGCGGUUAUCUACUGGUCGACUAGCUGGCCAAUCCCCAAUAGGCACUUAUACAUCACCCCCGAAUGCGACAGAAGGCCAAGAUCGGCAAGGGGUUGGGGCUGGGUUCUGUGGAUGGUCCGGGGUUGUACUGCAUCGGCAAUGGCUGAGUUGUUAUAGCAAGUUAAUGGGCAUCGUACUGGGCAUUGGACGGUCGGAGCGGGUUCGCAUAUCGAGGGUCUAUCUGAGGAGCGAAUCAGGGGUCUUGGUCCCUCCCAUGUUUUCGCCAUUUGCGUUUCACGCUAGAUACCGAAAGUGAAGGUCGAAAGAGAGGUGCAUCGAUGGUU